AUGGUUUCGAGUGUGCUCAACGAAUGUAUAAUCGCGGACCGCGGCCGGCUCCAGCUGCCGACACUCGCCGCGCCCUUGACAGCUGGCACGCCCCCGACAAUCACCGCACCCCUGAUAAUCACCAUGCCUCAGACAGCUGAAGAACCGGGCUGCCUCGUAGCAAUCAAGAAGUGGCUCCGCUGCUGCUGUCGUGCGGAUUAG